ACAAACGCCACCCAGUUAAAAUGUCAGGGAUUUGUUACCUGACACCGUACUGUCAAAACAACAUUCUUCACACGAAAUCAACACUACAGCUGGUCACUGACGAAACCAAAGGCUCCCCUGCUAGUGAGAGAAAAAGGACGUGUGCUGUUGGGUAUCUAUAAAUUGUAGCGUGCCUCACAAAAAGACAAUUACUCAGUACAACCAAAUCAAGAGUUAUUUAAACCGUUAUCAUGGAGUUCCCAGAAGAAUAUCUCUGGAUGGUGAUUGUCGGAUUCAUCAUUGCCUUCAUUCUCUCGUUCGGUAUUGGAGCUAAUGACGUAGCCAACUCUUUUGGAACUUCUGUGGGCUCACGGGUCUUGACCCUUCGCCAGGCUUGUAUACUGGGGACGAUAUUCGAAAUGAUGGGAGCCAUACUAAUCGGUUACAGAGUGUCGGAUACGAUCAGGAAAGGACUCAUUGAUGUGGAAAUGUACAACAAUGGAUCCGAGAAGGUCCUUAUCGUUGGAAACAUCGCCACAUUGACAGGAUCAUGUGUUUGGCUGAUAGUUGCGACAGUACUAUGCCUGCCUGUAUCAACAACUCACAGUGUCGUGGGUGCCGCUAUAGGAUUUUCUCUGGUCGCCAGAGGAACUGCAGGAAUUAAGUGGAUCAAAGUUGGCUUCAUAGGUAGAUACUACCCCUUACCUCAGAAGGAAAGAGCCCUUGAUUCAGGCCUGAUGUUGCUGCCUUUCUUUUAUUGUCUGACAACUGCUGUCAAUCUGUUUUCCAUUUUCUACGAGGGAUCUACGUUGCUCCACUUCGACAAAAUCCCGCUGUACGGAGUGUUUAUAAUCACGUUUGGUAUAUCCGCUUUGGUGGGGAUCGUAGUCCGGAUAUUCAUCGUCCCGUGGUACAGGAAGAAGAUAACAAAGGAAUGCAAUCUAGAUGUGGACAAUGGACACCAAGAGUCUGGACCUGUGACAGAACUGGAGCAACUCGAUGUAUAUGACGAUAUUCCCGAGGUUGCCUUCGAAUCCGAGAUACCACGGGUUAAAAGUCGGGAGAGCAUAGCAGACAAGCCAGAGACCAUCAAACUCUUCUCCUUCCUCCAAAUCCUCACAGCCGUGUGUGGUUCAUUUGCACACGGCGGAAAUGACGUCAGUAACUCCAUUGGACCACUGAUCGCCAUAUGGAUGAUAGCUAAAGAAGGAACAGCCCUCCAGACGUCAUCGACACCUGUUUGGAUAUUGGUAUAUGGUGGAGCAGGAAUCAUCAUAGGGCUCUGGGUCUGGGGAAGACGAGUCAUCAAAACUGUCGGUGAUGAUCUUACGAAAAUCACGCCGUCAAGUGGUUUCUGUAUUGAGCUAGGAGCCGCCCUCACAGUCUUAGUUGCCUCCAAUAUUGGUAUCCCUGUCAGCACCACGCACUGUAAGGUGGGUUCCGUAGUAUUCGUCGGCAGGGUGCGCUCCAAGACAAACGUCGACUGGAAGCUGUUCAGGAACAUCAUCCUCGCCUGGGUGGUGACACUUCCGAUCAGUGGGGCUAUCAGCGCGCUGGCCAUGUUGGGCUUACAAGAACUGAUUUGAGAUGUUUGACAUCUGUUUAGUUGGAAGCUUUGAUCAUGCAUUGAAUGAAAUGAAUUGAAUGUAAAUACUGUUCUGUUGUCCCGAAUGUAAGACUCAUGUAAAUAUUACCAUUUCCAUUCCCCAACUUAGUUCCUGACGAGACCGCGUAUUGGGGUAAUUGUUUCACCUAGUUUUGUAGUUUAUUGAAUCAUGCAACAUUUACGCCAUGCAUUUCUCGCUGGUAGGUACAUGUAAACGAGAUUAGUAUGUGAACCUCGUUUCGGUAGACAAUGUGCGUUGUAUAUCAAUCAAAUAAACUUAAGCUAAAUGUGUGUUAAAGGGGCAUGUCUUCGUUUGAAUAAAAAUUAGGUCGUCAAAAUUAAACUUGCUAGAAAAUAAUGUAUUUUUUCCAAGUAGUAAAAGUUAAAAUCUUUACAUUAAUAAUUCAGUUUUACUCUCAAGAUAAGUUUUUGCACUGUCAGCUUUAAGUCCUGAAAAUUCUUAAUUCGACCCGAAGUAUUAAAACAUACCGCAAAGACAUAUGGUAUAUAUACGAUACGCCUUUUUUUGUACAUUUCGGCGUUAAUUUCAUUACAUGAAGGCACAUGCACUCAUAUUAUCAUCGUUCGGACAUAGCUUUCAUCAAUAGAAAUUGUGUACGUUUCUGAUGUGCGAACGAAGGAAUGCCCCUUUAAAAUAUCUUACCCUUAAAAUCAUAACCCUGGGGUUUGUUAUCAUAUUUUGUAUCAAUAAAUGAAUAUAAUGACUGAAAUAUGGCUAUAUAUAAUAUUUUUGAAAUCCUAUUGUAUGUUACUGCACGCUUUUAUUGUUUAUACCAUACUCAGAGUAAAACAGCCUUUUAUAAAGCUGCUUUUAUGUGAUCAAUGUAACAUUUCAAAAUCUAAUUCAAGAUGUAACACGGCGUUUGAUUGGUCAAUCAAAUUGAUUGACGUCAUAAAUCUUACAAUAUGAGUUCUUAUAUGUUCUCAUUUGUAUUUAAUGUAUGUGAAUUGCUAACGACAUCAAUGACCUAAACUAAUCACCAAAACCUCAUUUAAAUGACGUCAUGAAUAAUAAAUGAACCGGGAUGUCAAUGAAGGUCAGCGAAUGUUACUGGAGUCGAGAUUCCUGAUACUCUCCAAUGUGUCUUGUAACACAAGGAAAUAAAAGAAUCUGAAUCUGAAUCUGCUUAAAUGCAUUUGUUAUGCCACACCUUUAUGUCGAAACCUUGUUGCUAUGGCCGCCAUUUUGAUGACGUCAAUAAAUUGACCAGACGCGGUUGUCAGAAUGACAACAAACUUUUUUUUUAUUAUUUAUUUAGGUGUCAACACUCUUUCAGAAUAUCAUCACCUCUAGCUUCCAUAAAAAAAUGCCCACGUGAUUCCCAUAGGGACUACACUAAAGGCUUUUCUGAAAAAAACUGAAAUAAUCAAAAUAUUGUUUUACUUUAGUUACCUUAAACAAAAUUCGAAGGGAAAAAAUUUCAGAUACCUGAGAUCUGUAAGUAUUUCUUUACUAACUAUCGCGUGUAAAACUCGAUUUUAAAUGACGAUAAACCGCCGCUAAUUUUAACACAGUGGAGUUAUCUCCCCUUAGCGUUCACCAAUCACAGACUAACUUCGAAGAUCUAGUUUCAUGUCUUUCAAUAUAAGGUUUACAUCAAUUUAAGUUAAAGUUGUAAUUCAUUUUAAAUGGAAUUUUGUCUCAUGAUCUAUUGAACAAUAACAAACACAUAGAAAAUUUCUAAAUAUGUUAAUUUCAUAUAUCUAAAUAUGGUUAUCUAAAUAUAAGCAAAACAUGUUGUCUUCCGUUUGAACCUUUUCAUCAUAUAAAUUUGUUGAAGGAAGAAUCUCCUCGUCCACACUUACAUGUAUACUAAAUUCUAAUUUCAUUGUUCUACAGUGUAUAUUAUUAAUAUAUAUACAAAACAUCUAUCAUUAAACCAGGUCACAUGUAUACUAGGUUUGUUUAACUUUUAAAGACAAUCCAACAAUACUUGUUCUAUUGUUUUAAUUCUAUUGUUUUAAUUCUAUUGUUUUAACUCUGCACUGCCAGUCUUUGUUAUUGUUAUAUAUUUAAUUGUUAUAAUCAUCUUUUGUAGCUCUCAUUAUACACUAUCGUUAGCCAAUCAGGUUCAGUUUAAUUGAAUCCAAUAAAUAAAUUGAUGUGAAGAAGAAGAAAACUAUUUGUCAGUAUAUACACAGUAGUUACGCAGGACAAGCUUCAGAUUUGUUUGAUCUUUGUUGUAUAUUUUGAUGAUGAAUUUACAUGCGAUCAUGAUUAUCAUAAAUAAAGGACAAAUAUAUUUUAAA